ACAGGAAGAGUGGCCGUACCGUAAAGGUUCGAAAAGCAUCACAGCAGGAAGAGUUCGUUAUAUCUCUCUCUCUGGAGUCGAAUAUCCGAAGGACGCAGCCUGACGCACGGAGCUCCCUCCCAAAAUCUAAAGACAAAUUCCUCGUCCCGGCGCGUGCUUCACACUCUCAAAUCCUCUCUUCGGUUUUUGUUUUCCCAAUUUCGCAACUCUGCGAACUCUCAAUCCCCUCCCCCGUCCCCCCAUUCACCACUAUCCUUCAAUCCGCAAACAUACGGAAGAAACUCGUCGCUUCAUUGAAGAGAAUGCAUUAUGAAUUCUUGGAGGUCAGGGUUGCAAAAGAGUAGGAGAAAGUCUUUGUCUUUCUGGGAUUGCCUAAUUGGUUAUAUUGUAACCACAUUUAAAAGGGAACAUGGCUCUUAGGAAAUACAUUCCGUCUGGUGCUGCACAGAAGGAUAUGAAACCAUUGAGAUUUUCCUUUAAAGGACAUGAGAAUUCUGAACUUGCAGAUCCAGAGACAAGUCAUACAAUGGAGCAUGAAGUGGAUGUUGACCUCAGAGAAGUUUAUUUUCUUAUUAUGCAUUUUCUUUCAGCUGGGCCAUGUCAUAGAACUUAUGGACAGUUUUGGAAUGAACUGCUUGAACAUCAACUUUUACCCAGAAGAUAUCAUGCUUGGUAUGCAAGGAAUGGGAAUGGGACACAUAGUGGGGUUGAAAAUGAUGAUGGCAUGUCAGUUCCGUUAAGUUACACCAUGUUGGUCGAGAGGUAUCCUCACGUUGAAAAGGAUCACUUGGUAAAGCUUUUGAAGCAGCUAUUACUAAGUGCAGCUCCUCCACCGCGCGAUAUCAGUGGUAGAAAUGCUCCAAGUGCAGCUGAUGUACCUACUCUUCUUGGGAUGGGUUCAUUUUCACUUUUAAGCUAUGAUAGGGACAAAGGAAAUAAUGAUGUCAAUCGACCCCCUGGUUACAUGCGUUGGCCUCAUAUGAAAGCUGAUCAGGUUCGUGGUCUAGGUUUGAGGGAAAUAGGGGGUGGUUUCACAAGACAUUGUCGUGCACCAUCUAUUCGUGCAGCAAGUUAUGCCAUUGCAAAACCAUCUACCAUGGUACAGAAAAUGCAAAAUAUCAAGAGGCUAAGGGGGCAUAGGAAUUCUGUAUAUUGUGCAAUAUUCGAUCGCUCUGGGAGAUAUGUUAUUACUGGCUCAGAUGAUCGCCUUGUAAAAAUUUGGUCAAUGGAAACAGCUUAUUGUCUGGCCAGCUGCCGUGGACAUGAAGGUGACAUCACUGACUUGGCCGUGAGUUCCAACAAUGCUUUGGUGGCAUCCUCUUCAAAUGACUGUACCAUUCGAGUUUGGUGUUUGCCAGAUGGGUUUCCCAUUUCGGUUCUGAAGGGACAUACUGGAGCUGUCACUGCUAUUGCAUUCAGCCCCAAGCCUAAUUCUGUUUACCACCUUCUAUCGUCAUCUGAUGAUGGAACAUGUAGGAUAUGGGAUGCUAGGAAUUCCCAGUUGAGUCCAAGUAUAUAUAUUCCAAGGCCUUCAGAUUCUCUAGCAGGGAAAAACAAUGCUCCAUCCUCAAGUAUUGUUCCACAGAGCCAUCAAAUUUUUUGUUGUGCAUUUAAUGCUAAUGGAACCGUCUUUGUUACUGGCAGCUCUGACACACUUGCAAGGGUAUGGAAUGCUUGUAAACCAAAUGCAGAUGAUUCAGACCAACCAAAUCAUGAAAUUGAUGUGUUAUCUGGCCACGAGAAUGAUGUCAAUUAUGUGCAAUUUAGUGGAUGUGCUGCAGCAUCUAGAUUUACUACGUCUGACACCUUGAGAGAAGAUAAUGUUCCAAAAUUUAGGAACUUCUGGUUUACUCAUGACAACAUAGUUACCUGUUCUCGUGAUGGCAGUGCUAUUAUUUGGAUUCCAAGAUCACGUAGAUCACAUGGGAAAGCUGGCCGUUGGACAAGAGCUUAUCAUCUUAAAGUUCCACCUCCGCCAAUGCCGCCUCAACCUCCACGAGGGGGUCCUCGUCAGAGGAUGCUUCCAACCCCCCGGGGCGUUAAUAUGAUUGUUUGGAGCCUAGACAAGCGCUUUGUCCUUGCUGCUAUCAUGGAUUGCAGAAUUUGUGUUUGGAAUGCUGCUGAUGGUAGCUUAGUGCAUUCUUUGACAGGUCAUACUGAAUCUACAUAUGUUCUGGAUGUUCAUCCCUUCAAUCCACGAAUGGCCAUGAGCGCUGGUUAUGAUGGAAAAACCAUAGUGUGGGAUAUAUGGGAAGGCACACCUAUUCGAAUAUAUGACACUUCACGUUUCAAGCUGGUAGAUGGCAAGUUUUCACCGGAUGGGACGUCAAUUAUACUCUCGGAUGAUGUUGGUCAACUGUAUAUACUAAACACAGGGCAAGGAGAGUCCCUAAUAGAUGCCAAAUAUGAUCAGUUCUUCCUUGGUGAUUAUCGCCCCCUUAUUUAUGAUGCUCAUGGAAAUGCAGUUGACCAGGAAACUCAGCUUCCGCCAUACCGGAGGAACAUGGAAGAUCUCCUUUGUGGCUCAGACAUGAUACCGUACCCAGAACCCUAUCAGACUGCAUACCAGCGAAGACGAUUAGGAGCUCUGGGCAAAGAAUGGCAUCCUUCUUUGAGACUUGCUGUGGGGCCUGAUUUCACCAUAGAUCCAGACUACCAAAUGCUGCCUUUGGCAGACUUGGAUGUAUUGCCUGAACCACUGCCACAUUUUGUGGAUGCCAUGGAUUGGGAACCAGAAAUUGAAGUACAAAGUGAUGAUACUGAUUCAGAGUACAAUGUUCCUGGUGAUUAUUCUACUGGAGGAGAGCAAGGAAGCUUCGGUUCAAUUUCCUCUGGCGAUCCAGAGUGCAGUGCAGAAGACAGUGAGGCUGACACUCAAAUGGACAGCCUUCGUAGAUCAAAGAGGAAAAAACAUAAGGCAGAAGUUGACAUAAUGACUUCCUCUGGGAGGAGGGUUAAAAGGAGGAAUCUGGAUGAGGGUGAUGGCAAUCCAAUCAGAUGUAACCAAACUAGGAAAUCAAGAAAUGGCCGAAAAGCUUCAAAGAGGAAAUCUUCCACAUCAAAGUCUUUUAGGCCUCAAAGAGCUGCUGCACGAAAUGCACUUAAUUUAUUUUCGAAAAUCACAGGUACAUCGACAGAUGGUGAAGGUGAAGAUGGCUCUGAAAAUUUUUCAGAAAGUGAAUCCACAUUGCAAGAUUCAAUCGUUGAGAGUGAUGAAUCCGAUAGGCCUUUGGAAAAUGAGGAAACAAAGCAUUUAAAAGGUAAAGAAGUGUCACUGGGUGAGUCUAAGGAUGUUGAACAUUCUGAACUACCCGAAUCUUGUAUUGACAGUGGAAAUCGGAAAAGAUUGGUCCUCAAAUUGCCGAUUCGGGAUUCAAAUAAGCUUCUUCUUUCAGGGAGAACAUUGCAUAAAAGUAACUACCAGGCUGAUUUGAUGGGUUCAUCAUCUAAAGCUCCACAGGAGACCAUUGAAGAAAGCAGCAAUCAUAAAAACUCUCGGGAUCUAGGAUACUGUUCUGGUGAUGUAAACGGCAGCAUCAUUGAAAGAAAAGGGAGAAAGAGAUUAGAUAAGGUUGAAGAUCAUUUAAAUCUGUCUGAAAGUUACAAUAAUAGGCAAAUUAAAUGGGGAGGGGCAAAGGCUCGCACAUCCAGGCACCUUAGAUUUGGGGAAGGGAUGUCAUCAGGAGCUAAUGUCAGAUCUCAUGCAAGUCUGGUUGGUCAUGACGAAAAAGAGAAUAAUGUUGAAGGACAUGUAAAGUCUCGAAAGGACUGUGAUGCAAUAUCCCCUUGUUUAGAAAUUCUAAAUUAUGGGGAUAAUAUGGACGGGUUGCCACUAACAGAGGAAACAAAUAUUGUUGCUACUACCUCUGAGGGUUUUAAUGGUGAGUCACCAAAGUCUGUUCACAUGGUUGCUCAGGAUAGCACCACAUCAUUGCAGUACAAGGAUGGGAACGAUCAGCAUCAUGAACAAAAUGAGACAAUGAGGAUUAGGUCAAGAAGAAUUUCAACAGAUCCUGAAAGUCCUAAGCAGGAAAGGACAUUUUCAGUAGAAAAUCAGGACAAUAGUUGGCAUGCAAGCCCUUCAGACAAAGAACAAGAUCCAGUUGUGCCUACUGAUGAAACCAUCAGAAUAAAUACAGAUCAUGGAGAUGAAACACAAGAAUUGGACACUCAAAUGAAUAAUAAUUCUGUAUCAAUCGUGCAGGAUUCACAGGUGUUGCAUUCAAAUAGAAACAAAAUGUAUACAGCUGUUUACAAAAGGUCGAAAUCAAACAGGAGUAGGGCUAAUUUAGAAAUUGAUAGCGGUGGCAUGGGAGAAAGCAAUUCACAUGUGAGCAACCAGAGUCUAACUGUUGGACUGGACUCUCAAGGUUCUAUUGAUGGGGCUCGUAGGACAAGGUCCAUGGGACCGAAGGCAUCUACACGUGAUUCAGAUAUUGUCAUUGAUAGUCUCAAGUCACAACAAGGACACGAAUCAGGCCAUUUUAGGAGUACCCGUAAUAGUUCCACAGACAGAUGUCAACUCCCUUCUGAAAAAUGGGGAUCGAGUUCUAGAAUGACUGUUGGUUUGAGGUCUACUAGAAACAGGAGGAGCAGUAAUUAUGCCUGUGAGGGGAGUCCACUAGAUAGAAGGAAGUCUCAUCAGUCAGCUAGAAAAGGAUCUUGGUUAUUGUUGUCAAAACAUGAAGAGGGCUCCCGAUAUAUUCCCCAGCAAGGGGAUGAAGUUGUAUAUUUGAGACAGGGCCAUCAGGAGUAUAUUAAUUAUUUUAAUUCAAAAGAAUUGGGCCAUUGGAGAACAAUGAUGGGAAGCCUUGACUUAUCAAAAGAAAUGAUGGGAAACAUAAGAGCUGUGGAGUUUUGUAGAGUUGAAAGCCUUGAGUAUUCCUCACUUGCCGGGUCUGGGGAUAGCUGCUGUAAAAUGACUCUCCAAUUUGUAGAUCCAACUUCCAGUCUGUGCCAUAUAUCUUUUAAAUUGACUCUGCCAGAAGUGACUGGCUUCCCAGAUUUCCUUGUUGAAAGAACUCGGUUUGAUGCUGCUAUGCAGAAAAGAUGGUCAUUUAGGGAUAAAUGCAGAGUUUGGUGGAAAAAUGAAGGCGAAGAAGAUGGUAGUUUGUGGGAUGGUCGGAUUGUGUCUGUGAAGGCCAAAUCGGAAGAAUUUCCCGACAGUCCAUGGGAGAGGUACACCGUUCAAUACAAAAGUGAUCCCAGAGAAAGGCAUAAUCAUAGUCCUUGGGAGCUUUAUGAUGCUGAUACUCAAUGGGAGCAGCCUCAUAUUGAUGAUGAGAUCAGAAAUAAGCUGCUGUCUGCUUUUGCCAAGUUAGAGCAGUCGGGAAACAAACCCGAGGAUCGUUAUGGGGUUCAAAAAUUGAAAAAUGUUGCAGAUAAAUCAUAUUUUACUAACAGGUUUCCUGUUCCAUUGUCACUUGAAGUGAUCCAGGCAAGAUUGGAGAACAAUUAUUACCGAAGUUUAGAGGCAUUGAAUCAUGACAUAUCCGUCAUGUCGUCAAAUGCCAAAAUAUACUUUGGAAAAAAUGCAGAAAUGUCAGACAAAAUAGAUCGCCUAUCAGAUUGGUUCAUGCGGACAUUAUCAUCUUUGUAGUUCCUAAAGUUCUGUAGAGUAGUUCCAUAAUUAGGUUCAAGUUUCUCCCUUGUUUUUGUAGAUAUUACAUUGAUUCUUAUGUAUUUAGAGGUUUUUUUUCAUAGCACGUUCAGUUCUAAUUUGGGGAAUUGGUUAGUCUUUUGGGAAUUCUUUUUAGAGGAGAUGAAUGUCUUCUGGAAUUAGCCAGUUGCCGUUAAUUUUUACCAGAAAAUUCAUUCAUGUAUAGACGGAUGCUUGAUACAAUCAUCAAUAACAAUGAAGGCAAAGAGAAACCUCACAUUUUUUCUGGCUCUCUCUCUCUAUAUAUGUGUGUGUGUGUGUGUACGUUUUGUCCUUUUGAUGCCUAAAUGCCUUCCAUCAGAGUUGGUGUCCCAGAUUCAAAUGCGAAGAUACAUGCUUCAUGUCAUUACAAACCUACGAAACUGUUCCCCUUAAGCUGAUCAAGCUGCUGACAACUCUCGUCGCUUUGGUCUUGCUGACUCUAUUAAAUAGUAGAAUUCUGAUGCCAUCUCAAAAAUGUCAAUUGCUGCUACUGGGGCGAGUUGGGUUUCCCACUCAUACUUGCAUACUUACAUACCAUCAAUUCAGUUAAGCAAUCAGAGAAGAUAUUUAUUCCCACUCAUCUCCACCUUCUAGUCUUGACACUUCUCAACUUAUAAUUAAUAUUCCAUUGAUCGGAACUUGUGCUCAAGUGGAAAAAUGGCACUCAUUAACCAAGACGCUCAGUCUCAGCUGAGAAUUAAUUAUGCCACAUCAAAACCGUAGAACGCUAAUCUUUUGAUGCAAAAAAGAAAAAAAAAAAAUCGAAGAUCACUGCAGGCAAUUAUACAUGAUUACGUUACCAACUCUACGAUGGUCACAGAAAAUUGUGCGAGAAUGCUGCAAUUUUUGGCUUCUCACAAAAAAAAAAA